UAAGGACCUUUUCAGGAAGAUACGUUUGCCUACACAAACCGUAUUAGGCUACAGUUGAAAGCUAUUGCGAUGCCAAUUUUAACAAGACCAGGCAACAAUUGUGGCAUUAUGUGGUGAUUUCCAUCUAUCCACGUUGCAGAGAUCAGCACAGCAGGGCAGCAGCAGUGUGCCAAGCUGGAAUUUGCCCCCAGCACCUUUGUUUCAGUUGAAGAAAAAAUAUUGACACAAAAGUGUUGAAAAUGAGGGACAAAUGGACUGGAUUCCCCUCUCCACACAUCACUUCAUAGAGACCGCCGCUGCUGCCACCACCACCAACACCACAUCGCCGAUGCUAUACAUGUGCCACGUGACGACAGAGACACACGAGAAUGGGCAUUAGACGCGGGUAAAUACACUGUGGGCUUUCAUCUUAGGAGAUGACAGGUGGACACAUUUGGGAAGAUUGGAGCCUGUGAUCCUGCAGUCUAAAGACACCAUGGAGCAAGGCUUCAGCUUCAGCACACUGAAGAAGCUGGCGGCCGAGCCGGACCACACCGACGUGAGCUUGACGGCGGCGGAGCGCGUGCUGGCCCUCAGCAAGAUGGGCUGCAGCGUGGAGAUCAACGAGGAGAUCACGCCACGCCGCUACUUCCGCUCCGGCGUGGAGAUGGAGCGCAUGGCCGCCGUGUACCUGGAGGAGGGCAGCUUGGAGAACGCCUACGUCCUCUACAACAAGUUCAUCACUCUGUUUGUAGAGAAACUCCCCAGCCAUCGAGACUACCGGGAGUGCAGCGUGCCAGAGAAGCAGGUGAUAAUGAAGAAAUUGCAAGAUGUCGCAUUUCCACGCAAAGAUCAAUUGAGGAAGCUCCUCCAUGAGAAGUUCAACAAGGAACACGCAGCAUAUCUAAUGAGUCAGAGCCAGGCUGUGGUGGUGGAUGGCUGCGGCCAGCAGCUGCAGAGGACAUCUCUGGUAGAGCAGGAGAGACUGAGGGUGGCUCAGCUGCGCAGGAUGCAGAUGGAGGCGGAGCAGUUCCGCUACUUCGAGGACCAACUGCGCAGGCAGGAGCUGGCCAAUCGCAGAGACGAGGCGGUCGCUAAAGUGCCUGAACAAACGGACGGGUCCUGCCUGUCCCACUCCUCCAAGAACCAUGUUCGCCUCGACCCAAACCGCAAUCAACCUUUUCUCCCCAGCAGCAAGCCAGCAGCUACACUGGCUGGCAUACAUACUCAACUGGUUGAGGACCUGAGGCGGGUCGUCAUUCCGAGAGACCUGACCUACAAGUUCUUGCUGCUAGCCGACAGCAACACAGCCAGGGGCAUAGAGACAUGUGGGGUCCUCUGUGGAAAACUGACUCAAAAUGAGUUUCUGCUGACCCAUGUGGUGGUUCCCAAGCAGUCAGCUGGCCCAGACUACUGUGAUAUGGAGAAUGUAGAGGAGCUCUUCAGUUUCCAGGACCACCACAGUCUGCUGACUCUGGGCUGGAUCCAUACCCACCCCACCCAGACGGCCUUCCUGUCCAGUGUAGACCUGCAUACACACGGCUCCUACCAGCUCAUGCUGCCUGAAGCCAUCGCCAUCGUCUGCUCGCCCAAACACAACGAUACGGGGGUGUUCAGACUCACCAGCUCUGGCAUGGGGGAGGUAGCCCGCUGCAGACUGAAGGGCUUUCACCCACACUCCAAGGACCCGCCUCUCUUCAGCAUCUGUAGGCAUGUUGUUAUAAAGGACUUGAAAACAACUGUGCUGGACCUCAGGUGACAGAGAGGGGAAGGGAAGACACUCCCCCCCCCCCCCCCCCCCCCCCCCCUCCUCCUCACCAUCACAAACUGGAUCUCCUAUUUAUAUCUUUGUUUACAAUGAAGGCUUUUGUUUUUUAUUUUUAAAGGACGUACUGUUAAUUGAAACUUCUUUGGAACACAUGGUGAUGAAUUGUUCUAAUGGUGUCGUUUUAUCAACCCUUUAUCCUAAAGUAUGUUUUUUUUUUUGAUAGCUUAACAUGUCAAUUUGGCAGAGUGGAUUUUUUUGGGGGGCCAGUUCUGCUUGUCAGAUUUGAUGUGGAAUUCUCCAGAGAGAAGCAUGCAGGCCUGCUGUAAAUGGCCUGAGGUGUUUUCAGUUUGAGAACUGGCUGAAGUGUGUGCACUUAUGUGUUAUGUGAAUGAUACUCUCCCAUGAAGGUAUCCUUACCAUUUAACUUUCCUGGAACUGGACACUAUGGAAAAGACUUGUAAAACACAAUUAUACAGCAUUUGCACAAUUGAUUACAUGCAGAGAUUUGACGAACAAAUACAAAUAAAUGUAUUUCUUAAAAAUAAAAUGGACUGGAUUUAAUUGUGAUGGCUCUGUGGCUUAGGAAGUUGUUUUGUUGUCUUUUUAUAAUUAAUGACUUUUGGCCAGUUGGAUGUUAGCCUUGACAUUUUUUCGUUAUUUGUCUUGAGUCUUGAUUUAUUUUGAGGUGUUGACCAGAAAAGAGAGCCAUAACUUAAAUAUUCCUAAAAGUAGCCUGUCGAGGUGGCAUGUCUUGUGUGGGGAGGAACAAACCAAAGUGCUCAUAGAAUUUGUAAGCAAAAAAACCUUAGGCGCCUUAAAGUAACAGUAGCUUUUUGCCAUUCAAGGGCCUUGACUACACAGAGCUCAGGUAUCGGCUCACUUUCCACGCCCAUGAAGCAUUUAAGUAGCCUGGUUCCAGACCUGUUUGUGCUCUCAUCAUUGUUUGGCUUGCCAAUGACCAUUUGAAGUUAGCGAAACACCACAGACACAUCUGGGACCAGGCUAGCCUUUAAGCACCCCUCCCUGUAGAAAAUUGAGCUCUCCUUCUUUCACCUUUGGCAGAAGUGGGCGUGAGGGGAAAAUAACUUGUCACACCCCCUCACAGCGGUCCUGAUAAUGGCUUUGUCUUUCAUUUGACUUUAUAUCAGUACUACAGUGUGUUGUUGGACUGUUGCUACAGUGUGAUUAUCUGUCACAGUGGCGCUGUAGGAACAUGAUCUGUUGUAGUGGCUUUGUGCUUAGAAAUGGGAAAGACAACCAGUCAAUGCAGUGCCUCUACCACAAUUUUCCACUGUCAUUUUGGUAAUAAAACACAUACUGCUUUA